CCAGAUCAAGUGUGAAAGCUCUGGAGAAGUGAAAGCGCUACGGUCAUUAUCUCGAAAUGCUACAGAGCGUGUUUGUGCGUGGGAGGAGAGCUGCAGCGGGUGGGCUUUUGUACAGGCGGCAAGAAGUUGGCUGCAUUCGGAUGAUGUGAGAAGUGAUGGUAUCAGGAAUAUCCAAGUGGAAGGGUCUGCAGGAGUCUGGAGGGUUAGAUGCGAUUUGGGUUUAAUGGACGGCCAUAUUCGUUGAUAUCUGUACGAAGAUUCUGGUGGUUCAUUCAUCGCAUCUGUUUGUGUUUGUCGAAAAGUUAACAAGUGUAAAUGUAUGUUAAAUUGAACAAGCUGAACUGACACGGCGUAUGAACGGUUGUCACGAUCGGUUGCUGUGCCAAGGUCAGUGUCGUAUACACCAGUGUACAUGUUAGACUUUUCACCCGCUUUCCAUUUCGUUUUCUCCAACGGAGUCAUCCCAUCUCAUUAACUCCACUCCCGACACAUACACUGUCAUGUAUUUUACACGGGCCAUUUGCCGCACUCGUCCUCUUGUCCGCACGACCAAUGUCUUACGCUCGUUUGCAACCAACACGGCAACCAACCCAGCAUGGAAAUUGGGCAUACUGAACCAUGUGGCUAUCGCCGUUCCAGAUAUCGAUAAAUCGGCCGGCUUUUAUAAGAAUGUGAUGGGUGCUAAAGUGAGCGAUAAAGUGGCGCUUCCUGAACAUGGAGUGUAUACUGUAUUUGUAGAAUUGGGCAAUACGAAGAUUGAGCUGUUGCAUCCUUACGGCGAUAAAAGCCCCAUCGAAAACUUUUUGAAGAAAAAGCCAGAUGGUGGUAUUCAUCACGUUUGCAUUGAGGUUGACGACAUUUACGCUGCAAUGAAGGAUCUCAAGGAAAAGAAAGUAAGGGCAUUGGAUCCUGAACCAAAAAUUGGUGCACAUGGAAAACCGGUCGUGUUUCUGCAUCCCAAAGAUUGCGGGGGAGUAUUGGUGGAACUAGAGCAGCGCUGAGCUGUUUGUUUUCAUAUUAGGGUUCUAUUAUGAGCCCAUUACUCCGCGCAUCAAAAAUAAUUAACGGCAGGGUAUAACUGCCGCACACAGUACUUCCUGUACACAACCUACCUUCUGCUAGUCCUACAUAAACAUUCUAACCAUCCGAUCUAAUCCCGCUGCUACAAGCACCUUUCGAGACACAGCUUCCUGACCUGGUCGCGAAGCGUCCUUCGCCGUUAUCCUAGAAAGAAAUAUAUCAUUCAGCAUAGUGUUCCUCGGCACGAAGUCCAUAGUCUGUCUACAAACCAUUUACACACACUGACUGCCGUGCCAUCACUUCCACACGGCACCUUCUCGAUCUUUCCCGUAUGGACUCUCCAAAUAACAAUUCCGC